CACACACACACACACACACACACACACACACACACACACACACACACACACUCUAUCUCUUGAUCCGUCAGAGGUUCUCUCUCUCUCUCUGCUUCACUCUGGCUACUGCAGUAGGUCUGCCGGUCAUGCACAUGGCUAACUGCCUCAACUUACUACCUCAACCAUGGGAGAAAAAAACAAACUGAUGAAUAAGCAGCCGGAGGACCACUGCGGGAGGCAGCGCAGGUGACAAGCGUCGCGCGGAGGAGACCUUGUAAGAAAACCUUUCUUCGUUUUUUUGGAUACAGACACGGAGCGCACUUUCACACACACACGCACACACACACGCACACACACACGCACACACGUCCUCCCAGCGUCGUCGCUUUCUGUAUUUUUGUUCAUUGCAGAAGAGGACACGAGUGCUCUCUCUCUCUCUCUCACUCUCUUUCCGACAGCCUUUUGCAAAGCUCCAACAGUGCAGCGCAUCUCCUUCUCCACCCCCCCCCCCUCACCCAGCGCCACCAUCUCUGCCACUAGCCCCCCCCCACCCCAGGAGGAAUAGAUGGAUUACUGCUAACUGUGCACACGGCAGCCUGCAGCCGCUCUGACCAGGGCCAGUCCAACGUCGGGAGGAAGAAAAAGGAAGACCGAGGAGGAAAGAAGAGGGGGAGGAUGACUGUACCGGGAGUCCUUUUAGCCUUUUUCUGUCUCUCAGUCUCUGUCACAACGGGGCUAAUCACCGACUGACUUGCCCCUGGCAAAGUCACAGUGAGGCAGGUCUCCACCGAGCAGGCAACCAGUCGACAAGCCAGCACAUGUAUCAGGAGCCGACCGGACUUGGGAUUUUUAUUUAUUUCCGUCAGUCACUUCUCUUCUCUUCACUGUGUUAUGGAUCGUUGUGAUUUAUCCAACGUGGAGCUGCAUGUCGGAGUCCGUAGCAUGGCAGGGGGGCAGUUAGAGGGGGCAGAAGCGAUCCUGGCACCCGCCAAGCAUUCAUGGCCUUACCUCUGCUUAGAGGAGAAGCUAAAAAAAAAACUUCAAUCUGAUGUCUCUCCAUGGAAGGAAAUUAUAAAUGAACACGAUGAAUAACUGUUGCUUUUAAAAUCUGGACAAGAUGCCAAAAGGACUACUUCCAAACUAAUGAGCAUCUCCCUGCACCGUCGAUGGAACUUGGGAGCCUUGAGCUGCUCCAGCCCGGCUAGGGUGGUCUGUCCUCUGGUGUGUGCCGCCUCCCCCCACCAUGCAGAAUAAUGAGCCCUCCACACCAUGAGUCCUCUGGGCCAGGUUAGUGUGCAGCCUACCUGGAACGCAGCCCUGCUCGCCGUGCUCUCCUUUAUGGUGCCUGCUCUCAGUAUGGGCCAGUCCACGGGCCCUGCGGUGGGCUCGGCUAAUCCACAGAACUGCCCAGGUGUGUGCUCGUGCACUAACCAGCUGAGCAAGGUAGUGUGUACACGUCGAGGCCUGGUUAGGGUUCCACCCAACAUCCCAGCCAAUACCAGGUACCUAAACCUGAUGGAAAACAGCAUCGAAACUAUACAAGCAGACACCUUCAGGCACCUGCAUCACCUGGAGGUGCUGCAGUUGGGCAGGAAUGCUAUCCGACAGAUUGAGGUGGGUGCCUUCAAUGGCUUGACCAGCCUCAAUACACUGGAGCUGUUUGACAACAGACUCACUGUCAUACCCAGUGGAGCUUUUGAGUACCUGUCAAAGUUGAGAGAGUUGUGGCUAAGAAACAAUCCCAUUGAGAGCAUCCCCUCUUAUGCAUUCAACCGUGUCCCUUCCCUCAUGAGACUGGACUUGGGAGAACUGAAGAAGUUGGAGUAUAUCUCGGAUGGGGCAUUUGAGGGACUUCAAAACCUCAAGUAUCUUAACUUGGGGAUGUGCAACCUGAGGGAAUUUCCUAAUCUUUUACCACUGGCGGGACUGGAGGAGCUAGAAAUAUCAGAGAAUGUUUUCCCCGAACUGAAGCCCGGGGCCUUCCGUGGGCUUAAAAAUCUACGUAAACUGUGGAUUAUGAACUCGGCUAUCACUACCAUUGAGAGGAAUGCGUUUGAUGACAUCACCGCCUUGGUGGAGCUGAAUUUAGCCCAUAAUAACCUGUCAUCCCUUCCCCAUAACCUCUUCACCCCUCUUCAGUAUCUGGUGGAGCUCCACCUACACCACAACCCUUGGCGAUGUGAUUGUGAUGUGGUGUGGCUCUCCUGGUGGCUCAGAGAAUACAUUCCCACAAAUUCCACAUGCUGCGGACGCUGCCACACCCCGAUCAACAUGAGAGGACGAUAUUUGGUGGAAGUUGAUCAGACCACCUUUCAAUGUUCAGCACCGUUCAUACUCGAUGCCCCCAGAGACCUGAACAUCUCCGCAGCGAGGGUGGCAGAACUAAAGUGUCGUACAGCCGCGAUGAGCUCAGUCCGAUGGCUUCUACCCAAUGGCACUGUAUUGACCCACGGCUCGGCCCACCCGAGGAUAUCUGUCCUUAAUGAUGGAACACUGAACUUCUCCAACGUUCUGCCAUCAGACACAGGAAUCUACACCUGCAUGGUCAGCAACAUGGCAGGGAAUUCCAAUGCCUCGGCCUACCUAAACGUAAGCAAUGCUGAACUCAACACGUCUAAUCUGUCCUAUUUUACCACCGUGACAGUGGAGGUUUUGGAGCCCACGGUGGAGGAGACCCCUAAACCCAAGCCUACCAUCCCUGCCUCGCCAUCUGUCUUUCAGCCUGUCUUCAUCUCCACACCCACUGUGCUGUUCCAAAACCCUCAGACUCCCAAGCAGGUGUCAAUCCCCACUGCCAGAGUCCCAAGUGGGCCGGCCGCCAGCCUGGAUGAGGUGAUGAAAACCACCAAAAUCAUCAUUGGCUGUUUUGUCGCUGUUACCUUGCUGGCUGCGGCGAUGUUGAUAGCAUUCUAUAAACUGCGUAAGCGGCAUCAACAGAGGAGCACUGUGGCGGCAGCCAGGACCAUAGAAAUCAUACAGAUGGAGGAAGAAGUUCCUCCUGUUCGCCCAACCACGUCUGGAUCUAGUGGCUCUGAUGACACACUGUUGGUACUGCCUACUUUGGUGGAACACAGCAGAAACACCUUUAAGCCUGGGUACGUGUCCUCUACGUCAUCCCGCCAAGGGAACUAUGGAGCCCAAUGGACCCAGAACAACUCUCUUCAUCGCUCAGUCAGACAGCAUCACAGCCACAUCAGCACCAUUGCUGAUCCCUACAUCAUUAAGACUACUCAUGGCAAGGAGAAGGUUCAAGAGACCCAAAUCUGAGUAUUGCUCCCUUUGGAUUUAUCUCUGACUCAGCCCCGGCCUCUCCUCUCCACCUCUCUGCUCAUCAGUCCAUGCAAUAGAAAUCCACAAAGAACAAAACGGUAACUUUCUUUUGUACAGAAGUGCAAAACAGAGAGAGAUGUUUGUUUCUUGUACAUGCCUAUACAUACGUAUAUAAACAGAAAAGAACUGCACAUAUAUAUAUAUAUAUAUAUAUAUAAAUUAGAUUUUGGUCAGGCAGUGGUGAAACAGAAUAUAUCCAAAAAGAAAGUCAUUUGAAAUAUUUUCUAAUAACUGGUGACUUCUAUUUAAAAAAAAAAGACAAAUAUACUGAGUUGCUUUUGUGAUUCAUGAUACACGGUGGUUCGGUCUGCUGUAGGAAAAGAGGCAUUCAGUCUGUUUUUCGACCAUAUUUAGAAAGCAGUUAAACACUCUUUAUACAGGUACCAGUUUCUAAAUACAGCCCCAAAUGUAAGCUCCAGUUUUUACUGUGCCAAAUAUUAUAAUAUAUGCAAUAAAUUUCCAGACUUAGGUACACAAAAAGACACAACCGCAAAAUCUAGAUGGAUAGAGACAUUUGUCCAAGGAUAGCAGCGUAAUGGCAUCGAUAGAAUGUGCUGUUCAGUAGCUAUCAGCCAAAUGCUUUUGGACUGCAGUGAAUUUCUGCAGCUUAGGUUUAACCCUCUGUUUGCUGGAGCUGAGCUGCAUUUAUUCUACAGUGCCAGGGCUUCUUAGUUGUAGUGUAUCUAAAGAUGUUUAUUUAGUGUGCACAUGAUUCCUCACUGGUUUAACUGGUCAAGAGCAGGUUGAUGACAGUUGUUGCAAAUACUUUGUUCUGUUGUUGGUUGCAUUUUCAUUUAAUUUUUUCAUUGUUUAUUUUUGACAUGCUUCUUAAUGGCUUGUGUAGAGUUUAGGGCUAAUUUAAUAAUGCAUUAAAGCAGUUGCCUGACUUGUCUCUGCAAGGGCUCAUUGCGAUGCUCAUUUUUUCAAUGGAACAAACAUGUGAAACAGAGCUUUGCUGACCAUUCUGCUUUCGGAGAAAGAAAACAAAAGGAUUGAAGUGAAACAAAUGAAUGUCUGAUUCUGGGGCUUUUCCAUGGACUACACUGAAACAUGACUCUCUUUUUCUUUUCCUUUUAAACCGUUUAAACAGUUUAGCAACAAUAUUUUUAUGGAGAGACAAAUGGAAGCUAUGAAAAAUAAAAAAAAAACAUUGGUUUGUAUUUCUCUAAUCAGAAACACUUCAUCUGAUGCUUUUUCUUGUCUCUGAAUAUAUUUCCAUUUGUGUGUAAGUUGUUUAAUCGCAAAGGCUGAAAGCAGUAUUGUAAAUUGUAUCAUACCCCAAACCCCCAUCUUACGGUCCUAUGCAUUUACUUAGUGUUUGCAUGAAUGGGUCUUUAAGUAACUGGUGUACAAUGCUGCAUUAUACCCCACAGUGGGGCUCUAUGCAGGUCAGAUAGGCUGUUGGUCUUUGAUGCCUCGGCUUAGUUCUUAACAUUGAUUUCUCAGUGACUGUGAUGGGGAAAAAAAUACAUGUAUCCCACAGUUCUA